AGUAAAGGGACAGUUCCAAGAGAAGUCAAGCAAUCAUCACCCUUCAUUAUUCAAGAAACCCAUAAUUUUCAACACAAAACAGAUCUCUCUCUCUCUCUCUCUCUCUCUCUCUCUAUAUAUAUAUAUAUAUAUAAACUUCUGUUCCAUUGUUUUCUUCCGAGUUGAUUAAUACAGCAGCUAGCCAAUAGCAAUAGAUGGAUCGCUAUGAGAUAUUGAAAUGUAUUGGAUCUGGAAACUUUGGUGUUGCUAAGCUUGUUAGAGAUAAAUGGAGUGGUGAACUCUAUGCUGUCAAGUAUAUUGAGAGAGGCUUAAAGAUUGAUGAGCAUGUGCAGAGAGAGAUCAUGAACCACAGGUCAUUGAAGCACCCCAAUAUAAUUAGAUUCAAAGAGGUCUUCCUCACACCCACUCAUUUAGCCAUAGUCAUGGAAUAUGCAGCUGGAGGAGAACUUUUUGAGAGAAUAUGCAGUGCUGGUAGAUUCAGUGAAGAUGAGGCAAGAUUUUUCUUUCAACAACUUGUAUCAGGAGUUAACUAUUGCCAUUCUAUGCAAAUUUGCCAUAGAGAUCUUAAGCUGGAAAACACCCUUCUAGAUGGAAGCUCAGCUCCGCGUCUUAAGAUAUGUGACUUUGGCUAUUCCAAGUCUUCUGUAUUGCAUUCUCAACCCAAGUCUACUGUGGGAACACCAGCCUACAUUGCACCAGAGGUCUUGUCAAAAAAAGAAUAUGAUGGCAAGAUACAGAUAGCAGAUGUUUGGUCUUGUGGGGUUACAUUGUAUGUGAUGCUGGUUGGUGCUUAUCCAUUUGAAGAUUCUAAAGACCCAAGAAACUUCAGAAAAACCAUUCAGAGGAUUCUCAGUGUCCACUACUCCAUUCCAGACUAUGUUAGAGUUUCCACAGAUUGUAAACAUCUUCUAUCUAGGAUUUUUGUCGCUAGCCCUGAAAAGAGAAUAACAAUACCAGAAAUUAAAAAGCACCCAUGGUUCCUGAAGAACUUGCCUGUAGAAUUCAUGGAAGGAGGGGAAGGUAGCUUGCAAGAUAAUGAUAAAUGUGAAGAAUCCCAAAGCAUUGAAGAAAUAUUAGCUAUAAUUCAAGAGGCCAGGAAAUCUGGAGAGGGUCCCAAAAUGGGUGGUCUUUUAAUUGGAGGGAGCAUGGAUAUAGAUGAUUCUGACAUAGAUGACAUAGAGACAAGUAGUGAUUUUGUUUGUGCUCUAUAAAUGCAGCUGAAAUUAAAUGGCAAUUUAAAGGAUAAGGCCAUUCUUGUCAUGUACAGGGUGAUGUUGAGAGUUUCUUUUCCUUAGCCAUGAAAGCCUUGUGUGUUUUUUUUUUCUUUUGGAUUUGUGUAUAAGGGAAUAGAUGGAUAUAUGUUCUGCUGCUUAGUUUUGUAAUAAUUCUCUUAAAUUUUCUCUUUUUUU